UGCCUUAAUUUGAGGUCCUUGGAGCCUUUCAGGACACAUUUUUGGCAUCACAUUCAUUAAAUAGUCAUAGUCCUUAAUACGAAAAGCACACUGUCUCUCACUUCCUCCUACUGCCGAAGUGGUCUAAAUCAAGCACUCUGAAGAAAGAUCAAAAAAAUGAAGUUACUUGGUUGGAUGCAUCGCAAGUUCCGGGCCAAUGAACCACUGAAGGAUUUUAGCAUAGGGAAUUCUUGUACUUGUCUUUCAGGGCAGCCAUCAUUGGAUGACCAACAGUACUACCCAAAGUUAGUACUGGGAGAAACAGUCAUGUUAGUACUGGAAGACAGUUAUGUUAGUACUGGAAGAAGCAGCCAUGGUAGCACCAUUACACUUAGCGGAAAGCCAUUGGAAGGCACAGAGACCAGUGGAAAUGGAACAACAAUCUGUCCACUCCAGGGCUAUCUGUUUGGAUCAGCAAUUGAGUUGCCAGAAACAACCACAGUGGUAAAGAAGGAACAUAGAACAUCGCUCGGGGAGCUAUUUCAGAGGACAAAAAUAGCAGAGGAAAAUUAUGUAGCCAAAAGCGAGAGGGGAGAAAAACGGACAGAAAAGGAGACAGAUAAAUCAGCCAUACACCUUAUGAAAAAGAUGCUGAAGAAAAGAAUGGUUCAUGGUUCUUCUCGGAGCUCCACCACAUCGACUGGGGGAAAUGUUGACUCUGCUUCAUCUGAGACAAAACUGCAUAAGACAGAUAUAGGAAUAGAAGCUGAGCUGGAUCUGAAGCUGCAGCUGUGAGAUGGGCGUGAGUGCUGCUGAUAUGGUGGUGGCAUUGAUGCCUUAGACUGUAGCAGCAUAAGCUGUGACUU